AUGCACUUCGGAGGAAACGGGAUCUCCUCGGGGAGGAGGUUGACCUACAGACCACUGCUAUCGGAGGGUUCUCUGUCACGCAGCAUUUUACACAACUACACAGCCAGAGAUGCUUCUUCAGAAUAUUGCGGCUGCCUCAAUGGUGGCUGGUGUCAGGAGGGCGGUGUGUGUGACUGUGCUCAGUUCCAGGCACUGGGAGACCGCUGCCAGAUCAUACCUAACCAGGGCCAGGAUAGAGACGGGAUCUGCAGAUCCUGGGGUCAGCACCACUAUGAAACAUUUGACGGAAUAUACUUCUACUUCCCUGGUACCUGCUCUUACGUUCUGGCCCAGGACUGCCACUCAGCUACACCACAGUACACGGUGUGGGUCCACAACAGCAGAGUGUGUGACGGGAGUGUGUAUUCAUGCCCAAGAGCUCUCAGCCUGUUCUUUCCAAAUGAGGAGGAGAUCCACAUCUCUGGCUAUCAGGUCCACCAGGGAGGCCGCAGGCUAAGUCUGCCUCAGACUGUAGGAGGUGUGUUUAUUGAGCGACUGGCCGAUUACCUACUGGUGAAGAGUGUGUUUGGCUUUUCUUUGGCCUGGGACGGAGGUUCUGGUGUCUACCUGAAGAUGAGCGAGGAGCACCAGGGUGCCCCCUGUGGUCUGUGUGGGAACUUUAACCAUGUUGCUGGCGAUGACCUCACCACAGCUCGUGGCAUUCGUACUGAUGAAUCUGCAGUGUUUGCCAACAGCUGGGCAGUGGAUUUGCCUCAUGAGAGAGCUUGUCCCUCGGUUGAUCUUGACUUCAAUGGACCCUGCCAGUCUGAGUCAGACAUGGAUGAUGCCAUAGAGAAAUGCAGUGCGCUUCUCUUCUUCCCGUUUCUGUCAUGUCAUGAAAACAUUGAUCCAAAUCCCUUUGUGGCCAGCUGUGUGUCUGACCUCUGUGUAUCUGAUGAUGAGGAAACGUUUUGUCGAGCCUUGGUUGAGUACACCCGAGCCUGCUCACAUGUUGGAUAUCCAGUGAGGGAGUGGAGGGACAGCUUCCCUUCUUGUAAUGAUGGCUGUGAGGAGAGUUUUGUUUAUAGAGACUGUAUCAGUUGCUGUCCGCCCACCUGUACAUUUGAGAAAGAGUGUCUGGGAACCAACCUGCAUUGUCUGGAUGGUUGCUACUGCCCUGAUGGUCUUAUCCUACAGAAUGGAACAUGUAUCGCUGUUUCUCAGUGUCCAUGUGUUUACCAUGGAACAUCAUAUGUGCAAGGACAUGUGCUUCAACAGGGCUGCAGUGUCUGUGUGUGCAUGGGAGGAAUGUGGAACUGCACUGAGAACAACUGCACAGCGGAGUGCUCGGUGGUGGGGGAUGUGUUUGUGACAACAUUUGAUGGUAGGAUGUUUCUCCAGGCAGGGGCGUGUCAUUACGUCCUGGCAAAGAGCCGCAGCGGUAGCAGAUUCACUAUCACACUGCAGUAUACUACCUGUGAGCAGGUGUGUAUUCAGUCAGUGACAAUGGUGUUGGAUGAAGAUGUGGGUCAUCAGAUCACUUUGACCAGAGAGGGCGAGGUGAUAAUCGGUGUCAACCCGGCACCUGUCCUGCCUUAUGUUGAUGUGGAGGUGCGGAAGCUGACCUCUGUGUUUACACAGCUAAAGGUAGGGAUUGGUCUGAGGUUGCAUUAUGAUGGUCGAGGUGGGCGGGUCUAUCUGCAGCUGGAGAGCCAAUGGCGUGGACAGACGCUGGGCCUUUGUGGAACCUUCAAUGGAAAUCUACGAGAUGACUUCCUGUCUCCAGCAGGUAUGAUAGAGGGCACUCCCCAGCUUCAUGCCAAUGCUUGGAAGGUGUCAUCUGCUUGUGUAGCUCCAGUUAACCUGCCCAUUGUAGAUCCUUGUGAGAUGAACCUGCACAAUGUAUUCUAUGCAUCCCAGUGUGAGGUGCUUCUGGGGAAUGUGUUUGCCCCAUGUCAUGGCUACAUCAGUCCAAACAUCUACCAGCAGCAGUGCCGCUACCAGGCCUGUCGCUGUGGGAGCGGCUGUCUGUGCACAGUGCUGGCUCACUACGCUUACCUCUGCUCCAAACACAGAGUAAACAUAAAUUUCAGAUCACAUGUCUCUGAAUGUGGAGUGGUGUGUGUUGGUGGUAUGCUGUACCACUCUUGUGUGUCAUCUUGUGGGCGUUCCUGUCAGGCUCUGUCAAACACUGAGACAUGUAACCCUGACGACUGUUCCGAGGGGUGUGGCUGUCCAGACGGCAGUUACUAUGACGAUGUGCGCCAGCGCUGUGUGCAGCUGUCUCAGUGUCACUGUUACUCCAUGGGUGGUGUGUCACAGCCAGGGGAGGUGACCUUCAGCGCCUCCGGCCCCUGUCUGUGCAGAAAUGGGAAGAUGGAGUGUGUGCCAGAGGAAAAAGAGCCUGAUAGUGUAGAGGUCGGGGAGUGUCCAGAAGGGAAAGUGUACCACAGCUGCACUGAGCAGAGAGGAGGCGUGGCCUGUGCACCAACCUGCCGCAACUUGAUGUUGAACCUCACUUGCCCUCCUAACACACCAUGCAUCCCUGGCUGUGUCUGCCCUCCUGGGCUGGUGCUGCACCAUGGGGAAUGUUACUAUCCAGAGAACUGUCCCUGUGCCUGGUUGGGCCUUGAAUACCUGCCUGGAGAAAGUGUGGAAACAUCAUGUUAUAAAUGUGUGUGUCACCGUGGCUAUUUUAAUUGCACCUACUCACCAUGUCCAGCUGUGUGUACUGUCUACAGUGACAGACACUAUCACACCUUUGAUGGCCUUGAGUAUGACUACCACUCUGACUGUCAGGUCUACCUGCUUAAAAGUGCAGGAGAAACCGAGGUGUCCAUUGUUGCCCAAAACAAGGACUGCUAUGAGAGCGGCAUUGUGUGCAUGAAAAUACUGGUCAUUCACGUGGGACUUACCAAAAUCUACUUCACCGACAACUCUGGCAACCCAGUACGGACAACACACACACACACAUUGUGGAAAGCAGGCUACUACACUGUGGUCCACUUCUCCAAUCAGGACCUGACCAUCCUCUGGGACCGCAAGACAACUGUACACAUCAGAGCUGGACCUCAGUGGAAGGGCCUUCUCAGUGGGCUAUGUGGAAAUUUUGACAGUGUGACAGUGAACGAUAUGACCACCUCUAGCCACAUGGAAGUCAGUAAUGCACAGACCUUUGGAGAUAGCUGGGCUCUGGGACAGUGCGAAAGUGACUACAUAGUUGAGCGACCGUGUGAAGGGGACUUGGGGAGACAGCCGUACGCCAAGAGGGAAUGUGGUCUCCUCUACAGCGAUGUCUUUGCACCCUGUCACAACGUGGUGGAUGUGGCCUGGUUCUAUAGGAACUGCCUAACAGACACUUGCAAUUGUAACCGUGGGGGAGACUGUGAGUGUCUCUGUACAUCCAUCGCUGCAUAUGCACACAAGUGUUGUCAACAAGGGGUCACAAUACACUGGCGAUCUCCCUCUGUCUGUCAGCUAGGCAAUGGCCCAUUUUCCUUGCUGAGUGCUGUCUAUAAUGACACCAUGUUCGGAGUGAAUCGCACCAGCAGCUCAGUUUUUCCUCUGGUAACAGAGAGACCUGGGCAGUUGCCUGCCCCAGGCCUACUGUUCAACUUCAUGAUCACAGCAGGGCUGCAGAAGGACAGAACAUCACGUGUCCCUGUGGUGUCACUGGAGUCUGCUGAGAGACCAAACUAUUUCCUUGUCGUGUCUGGGCGCAGCCGCCUUCAGUUGGAGCGCUGGACUCGAGAUGCAGAGUUUAGUCGCAGGGCAACCUUCAUCCAGCACCAGGGACUGUUUCUGCCAGGUCACACUUCAUUUGAGCUUGUCGGCCAACCUGGGAUCUUUCUGACACUGACACGCACUUUUGCACAAGCCCAGAGAUAUGACACCUCAGAGGGCUUCAAAAUGAGCAGCAGCUUCACAUUGGAGGAAAGCAGUUUUGUGAUACCUUACCGUAUGAUGUGUGAGUGGCGCUACCAGGCCUGCGCGAGCCCCUGUGUCCACACAUGCAAUGACCCAGAUGCCACACGCUGCCAGUUUCUGCCUCCUGUGGAGGGCUGCUUCCCACGUUGUCCUAGGAACAUGGUCCUUGAUGAAGUGACUAGAAGAUGUGUCUACACAGAGGACUGUGAGUGUGUCCCUUCCCCCGACCCCGACGCCCUUUGCAUAUGUAAUAAGGUCCAACAGAACUACAACAGCACCACCAACACCAACUACAACAACCACUACGACUACUACUACUUCUACCACAAGGCCAACAACUAUCACUACCACCACCACGACUACCACUACGACCACCACCACAACCACCCCCUCCACCAGAGCAACAACUACCUCCUUGACUAUCAGGCCUACAACUACCACAUCAACCACUACCACUCCUACUACUUCCAUCCUACCUCUACCACCAUUACCGCACCAUCAACACCAGAGCUGACUACCCCCGUAACCUCCACCCCACCUCCUCCAAUCACCACAGUUGUCACUACCGCCCCCACCUCCACUACUUCUGUCCUUGAAACCACCACUGCAACCACAACCACUUCUCGACCUAGACCAGCAGAUACAACUAUCACCAUAGAGACCACUACCCCAACAACCUCAACAGUAGCUGUGACAACCACAGCAACACUUCCUACAACUGUGGAGCCCACUACUGAGCCGGCAACCACAGAAAUAGUCACAAGUCCUGGCAUCUCUCCUAUAACAGAAGAAGCAUCAACAACCCCUCCGUUUCUCUUCCCCACUACUCCCUGCACACCCCCGUACUCCUACCGUAUCGACGAAUGUGCAGAGCUGAUCUGUUUCAAUGGAGAGCUGCUGCUUCACAACUCCUCUCUCCACUGUCGCUACAACACCACCCAGCCCCAGUGCAGUCUGCUGGGCUUGCCCAUCCUCAUCAACACAGACCCCUGCUGUCCUCAGUGGCAGUGCCCCUGUCGCUGCACUGUGAUGUCAGACCUGCGUGUGAUCACCUUUGAUGGCAACAAUGUAGCCUUGUAUGAUAACGGCUCCUACAUCCUGGUUAACCUGCCCAGAGAGACUAUUAUUGGCACUGUGGAGAAAUGUCCAACCAGCCAGAAUCCAACAGGUGGGACAUCUGGUCUUUGCUUUAAGAAGCUGAACAUCACUACCUCCUCCUACAGAAUCAUUAUCAACCGACUGGAUCGCAAGGUGACAAUGAACUACAGACCUGUCAGGCUCCCAUUUUCCCAUCACUCCCUCUAUGUGGAGGACACAGGCAGCAUGUACUUGAUUCAUACACCUGGUGGGGUCAGCAUGCAGUGGUAUCACAGCACUGGCAUCAUGGUGCUGCAGUACAUUACUCCUCAUAAUGCAUCUGUGCCCACUCGAGGCCUUUGUGGUUGUUGUGAUGGGAACCCAGAAGAUGACCUGAGGCUGCCCAAUGGCACAGUGGUCAGAGAGGUGGGAGACAUGAUGCUCUUCCUGCAGGCGUGGAGAGUGCACACUACUGAUGAAACCGAACACACACGCAGGGUCGGAGACAACUGCACCACAGGGGAUUGUUCCACCUGUCUCUCCAUGCUCUUCCAGAGAGCCUUCACACCAUGCCACAGCAAGGUGCCUCCGGAGCAGUUCUGCGACAUCAUGUGGGCAGGGGACCUGCACUACAAAGAUCACCAGUGUGACUUUCUGGCAGCGUACGUGGCAGUCUGCUACACACAUCAAGUCUGCAUCAGCUGGAGACGGCACAACUUCUGCCCACUGCGAUGUCCCCCUGGAAAGGAGUAUCAGCCGUGUGUGAGCACCUGCACCAGCCGCACCUGUUUGAACAGAGAGUACUAUGAGGAAACCACCUGCUCCUUCAUCAGAGAGGAGUGUGUGUGCCGCAGUGGUACCAUUCUGCACCGUGCUGACUCCCCUUACUGCGUAACUGAGGAUCGCUGUGUGUGCACAGAUAACGAGGGUAAUCCCCGGGCCCCGGGCGAGGUGUGGAAUGGCUCUGCUCGCGGCUGCUGUCUUUACAAAUGUAUGGAGAAUGGCUCUGUGGUGGCUGUUGAACCAGACUGUAACUCUGUCCCUACACCACUGUGUGAGAGGGAGGGAGAGUAUGUACUGGAUGUACUGGAAGAAGGAGCCUGCUGCCCCAAGAAGAUCUGUGAGUGCAACAUGACCAUCUGUGACAGCGAAGUUCCACCUUGUGAUAAUGGGAACAGGCUACUGAUGGGUUACAGUGCUCUAUCCUGCUGCCCAGAGUACCGAUGUGAGUGUGACCCCAUGGCGUGCCCUCCUGUCUCUGCCCCCGACUGCAGGGAAGAUCAGUUCCUAGUGGAGGUCAGGGGGCAAAAAUCCUGCUGCUACUCUUACCUGUGUGUGUGUGAGUCAUGUAUUGAGCCCAUUCCAACAUGUUCACAUGGAGAAAUUCUGGCUGUGGAUUUAAACACCACCAACAGCUGCUGUCCACAGUAUCAUUGUGUGUGUGAUGUCAGCCUGUGCCCCGAAUCACCUGUGAGCUGUGCACCUGGUCUCUCUUUGGUUCAAACUGCUGUACCCGGGCAUUGCUGUCCACAGCACCACUGCGAAUGCCAAUGUGAGGAUAGCUCCCUCCCCAUCUGUCAGGUGGGGGAGGUGUUGGUCAAGAUUCCAGACAGCAGCACCAACUGUGGCUGUCCUCAGUAUAUAUGCCAGAAGGCAGAGGUGUGUCUUUUCCAAGGGGUAACAGUGUUGGGACCAGGCCAGUCUCUGGUUCAGUACUUUGAGGGAGAGCUGUGCUACACUGUCCACUGCCUAAAUCACAGAGACCCAGACUCUGGCUUCUACGCCAUGGAAAUCACCUCUGUCAACUGCUCCCAAAAAUGUGGACCACACCAGGUGUAUUUGCCAUCCUCAGACCCUCAGGUGUGCUGCGGCUCCUGUAAAAAUGUUUCCUGUACUUUCACCAAUGAAAACGGGACAUCAGAGCUUUUUGCUGCAGGGAGUUCCUGGGUGGAGAACUGUACACGUUACGACUGUAUGGAAACAGCGGUGGGAGCAGUGAUCCUUGCAUCUGGGGUGGUUUGCCCGCCUUUCAAUGACACAGAGUGUAUUCAGAAUGGUGGUGUGGUUCAGAGCUAUGUGGACGGUUGCUGCAGGACAUGUAAAGAGGAUGGUAAGACAUGCAAACGCGUGGCCAUUCGGACUACUAUUAGAAAAGAUGACUGCAGGAGUAAUGCACCGGUUACAGUGUAUUCUUGUGAUGGGAAAUGCCCGUCUGCCACCAUAUUCAACUUUAACAUCAACAGUCACGCCAGGUUCUGUAAGUGCUGCCGCGAGAGUGGACUACAAACCCGCUCCGUCUCACUCUACUGCUCUCGUAAUGCCACAGUCGUGGAGUACAACUUCCAAGAGCCUGUGGACUGUUCCUGUCAGUGGAACUGA